AUGAAGAAAAAAAUACAUCCAGUAGCAGAUUAUUGUAGAAUUGAAAAAAAGGAGAAAACAGAGAAAAUAAAAAAAAGUAAAAGAAAAUACAAAAAAGUAAAAAAUAAUAUUGUGAUACCAAGAGUUAUUUCUAAUUAUAAAAAUCCAUCAAAUAAGAUAGUAUCUUUAGAGGCUCGACAGCCACUACAUGAUAUUGAAAUUAUAAAUUAUAAUAAAUUUAUAGAAUUUAAUAAAUUUUUAGAUAAAAUUGAGGAACAUUGUAAAAACGAGAACAAAUCAUUAAAAUAG